AUGUCUGAUCCACAACCAUCUCCUUUGUUCUUUCAAAAUUUUCUCAAAAACGUACUUGAGUUGUUAACUAAAUCAACUAUUUCGUUACAAAUUAACUUUGAGGAUUAUUACUAUUAUUUAUCUACAAAAGUUCCAACUCUUCGUUGGGUUGAAUUAGAAUAUUGUAUUAAAUAUCCUUUAAAAAUUCUUCAAAUUGACCAACAACAUAUGCCAUUAUUUCAUUUUCCCAGAAUGGGUGAAUGUAAAGCAUAUGUCUCUUUUAUUAAUAAAUUGCCAGACUCACAACGUACUUUAUUAAUAAAAAAGAUAUCUCAAUUACCAAUGUCGAUUCACAUUCCUGCGUUAGUAGUUAUUGGAAAUGAAAUAAUUCCUGAUUCAAUCUCUUGGAAGAUAUUAUGUGAAACAAUUUCUGUUUAUGAACUUCCAACGCAAAAUUGUAAAACUAUCAUAUCUCAUCUUCACAGUUUCAUCGAAGGAAAUAUACCUCCCAUUACUGGUCCUGUGACAUUAACACAAGCACUAAUUCAACAAGGCACUGAACCAAAAAGUGCUAUUUGGGAGCUUUUUAAACAAAAUUCAAGUAAAGCCCAAAUUUCUUUAGAAAAAAGUAACAAAUUUCCUGAAUGUAAAAAUAUUUCUGAGCAACAAGAUAGAUCUGAAACUGUUGAAAGAUCUAUAGAAACACCAAAUAAAUUUGACAAUGGGUUUACUGUGCAAAGAUCGGAUUUUCUUACAAAAGAAAAAACACAAAGAGAAUCACAAAGAGAAAUAAGGGAUGUCAUUCGAGAAGCAAUUAGCUCGAGAGAGGUACAAAGAGAAUCAAUACCACAAGAAAAAUUAAGUGUUCGAGAACCAUUCCAACAAAGAAAUUUGGUUGAUAUUCCAAAACAAUCAAUGCAACAAUACAAACCUGAAGUAUUUACUGAAUCCCAACCAAAUGGGUAUAGGAGGGAUUCUAUAAAUAAUAAUUCUUACACAAACGAACUCAUUCCUUUUCUCAGAAGAGAAAGUUUUGGUCAAUACCCAACCCAAAGAAAUUUUAGAAGCUCAAGUGGUUUUCCUCUGAAUAAAUCAAUAGAUGUUAAUAAUUCUAUGGAACGUUCUGAACCAUUAAUUACUAUAAAGAAAAGAGAUUUUCAACCCAAUGAAACUGGGCAGCUAACACAAUUGGAUUAUGAUAAUGUUAUUGAUGUGUUAAAUGAACAACCAAAACUGAAUUUACUAUUUGAUUGA